AUGAAUUCACAAAUCAGUGUGAUAGAUAGUAGGGAGAGAAUAAGUGAGAAGGAAUUGAAAGUAGUUUUCAAGAUACAUGAAGUAACAUUGCCAACAGGAAAUUAUGCAAGAAAAAAUCUUCAGGGUUUCUGUGGCAAGAUAGAAGACAAUAAACCUGUUCGUGUACCUGCUAGAAAAAAAAGCUGUUUAGAACCAUGGGUUAUUGGCUUAAUCACUUUUAUAUCCCUGAUUGUUCUGGCAGUGUGCAUUGGACUCAUCGUUCAUUAUGUGAGAUACAAUACCCGAAAGCCCUACAAUUACUAUAGUACCUUGUCAUUCACCAGUGACAAAUACUACCAUGAGUUUGAUAAAGAAGCUACCACAAACUUCACAGAAAUGAGCCAGAGGAUAGAAUCAAUGGUUAAAAAUGCAUUUUAUCAAUCCAGUUUAAGGAGAGAAUUCAUCAAGUCCCAGGUUAUUAAGUUCAGUCCCCAGGACCCUGGAGUGGUGGCCCACAUGCUGAUGAUUUUUAGAUUCCCCUCUACACAGAGUCCUGAAUCCAUAAAAAAAACAAUUCAACGUGUGCUACAAGAGAAACUCCAACAUGCAACUGGGCCCCCCAAAGUAGACCCUUCAUCAGUUGAGCUCACAAAUAUCAACAAGACAGAAACGGACAACUAUCUGAAUAACUGCUGUGGGACACGGAUGAGUGCAAGUAGCAGGAUAGUUGGGGGACAAGAAGUACAUGAAGAAGGUGCAUGGCCCUGGCAGGCCACUUUGCAGUAUAAUGGAGUUCAUCGUUGUGGGGCGACCUUGAUCAAUGCCACAUGGCUUGUCAGUGCUGCUCAUUGCUUCAGAAAUUAUAAGGAUCCAGCAAGAUGGACGGCUUCUUUUGGCAUAAGAAUAUAUCCCUCCAAAGAGAAGCGAAAGUUCAAGAGGAUUAUUGUUCAUGAAAACUACAAGUAUCCAUCCCAUGACAAUGACAUUGCUGUUGUACAGCUUUCUAGUCCCGUACCUUACACAAAUGCUGUUCAUCGAGUGUGCCUCCCGGAUGCCUCUGAUAAAAUCAAGCCAGGCACUCCAGCAUAUGUCACAGGAUUUGGAGCACUGAAAAAUGAUGGUAGAAGUGUAAACAUCCUUCAGCAAGUACAAGUGGAUAUCAUAGACAGUAAGACAUGCAAUGAGCCACAAGCUUACAACAAUGCUAUUACUUCUGGAAUGAUAUGUGCUGGUUUUUUGCAAGGAGGAAAAGAUGCUUGCCAGGGUGACUCUGGUGGACCUUUGGUCAGUUCAAAUUCUAGAGACAUCUGGUAUCUUUAUGGCAUAGUGAGCUGGGGUGAUGAAUGUGCAGAACCAAAUAAGCCAGGUGUUUAUACUCGAGUGACAGCUUUUCGUGAUUGGAUUGAAGCCAAAACUGGUGUCUAAGAGAGAAGUGACCUGUGACAUGAAAUGCAGAGUUAUAUUUGGGCCAUAUUCACCCCAAGCUACCCAUAUGUAUUGAUUAUCCUUUCUCUAUAAAGUUUCUGUCUUUGAGAUUUUGACUUAAAGUCAUGGAUCUCAAGUGAACGUCAACAGUGUAAAGAAAUUAUCCAUUCUCAUAGAUUAUUGCAUUUAUUGCCUUUGUAAAGGUAGCAAACAAUCCAAAAAAAGGAAAUAAGCCAAUUUUUUUUUGCUUUAAAAAUAAAUUUAUAUAUACACAGAGGCAUGUGCUAUGGAAUUUUUUCUCUAUUUGAGUCAGGCCAGUGCAAAAGGGAACAUAAGAAAUAUUAUUAUGCCAUAAUAAAUGAUGAAAGGGACAGUUUUAGAGGAAGUCAGUAUGAUUUGUAUGAACUGAUCCAGAGAGAAGUGAGCAGAAUAAUAACAACUUAUACUAUA